AUGUCGAUUCGAAUGUCGCAGCCUCAACAAAUAGCUCAACAGUUUCAUUCAUUGUCGAAUUCGAGUGAACAUUGUUUAAAUGCUAUACGCUUGCUAAGGAAUGAAGUGGUCAAAGCAAAUCGCAAAAUAUCGGGUAAUUCACUCGGUGAGCUCGAUGCAUCCAAUCUCAAGAGAAAGUCACUGGAAAAUCAUGCAAAAAACCUUCCUAGUUCUACUCCAUUAACCGUUCAGUUAGAAAGACUGAAUCGGUUAAUUAGUGAUGGACAUAUCGAUCCGUAUAUUAAUGAACUUUACGAUAGAUUACAGGAUGCAUCUUCAUGGAUGGAAACAGAUAGUGUUAGUUGA